UGCCAAAACAUGAUACUAACCUUUUGCUUUACCUGGGGCCGAAGCCACUGCCUUCUAGCUAUGGCUGAUGGUUUCUGGUUUCCACUACUCACUUUCACUACUCACUACGUACCGUCACCCUCUAUAAAUAAAACCCCAUUGCAAUCCAUUAUUCCUACUACAUACAGCCAUCUACCUAAAAGAAAGAGGAGAUUUUCAGGUUUAAAGAAGAAAAUAUGAGCACAUCAAGAAAGGCUUGGAUUGUGACAGUACUUAGCAUUGGUGCUGUAAAGGCAUUGAAGGACCAGGGCUUUUGCAGAUGGACCUACACCGUAAGAUCAUUACACCAACAUGCCAAGAAUAACAUGAGGUCAACACCUCAGGCCAAGAAGCUUUCUUCUUCUAUGGCUUCAAGCAAAUUGAGGAAAUCAAGCCAAUCCGAGGAGUAUUUGAGGAAAGCCAUGUACUUGGGUUGCUGGGGUCCGUAUUAAUGAAUUAAGAAGUUCGACGUGAGAAGCUCAAGCCUAUAAAGUGUUUGUUUUUGUUGUGUGUCUCUUGUGGUUGAGAUAUG